AUGGGGUGGUGUUGCUUCGGAGGAAGAAAUAAAAGGGAUGAUAAAGAAUCCAAGAGCAGUGGAAGAUUAAAAGGUUUGGAUAAAACUUUUACAGGUAGCAAUGCUCAACAGUGUCAUACCUCCAAAGCUAGCUCUGACAGAGUCAGAGGUGUUGGUGAUGCUAAAGAUGGUAAUAUGGUUAUUUUGACUCCCCCUCCUGCUGCAACAGCAAACACUGCUUCUGUUUAUGGAACUGGUGGAGAAGGAGGUGGCUGUGGCUGCUGUGGAUGUGGCGGAGGAAGUGGCUGUGGCGGUGGUGGAUGUGGUGGUGGUGGAUGCGGUGGUGGAUGCGGUGGUGGAUGCGGUGGGGGUGGCUAA